AUGGCUGAUUGGGAACGAUGUAGUGGCUUUGGCAGAUCUGGCGAAUAUCUGGUGGCUGGAGGAGAGAGAAAGCAUAUGUGGUGGGUGGGUCUGUUGGCUCUUGGUGGUUGCGGCGAGUUCGGCAAGUCUGCUGGCUCUUGGUUGCUUGGGUGGUCGGUGGUUGUGGCUGGUUGCUUGCGCUUGGGUACGGACGGAGGUGUGAUAAGGAAAAGAAUGCUAGCGAAGGCUAGUCCUCCAUUUCCACACGGGUCUCACUAA